AUGGACGUGGCAGAUCUGCAGCUGCCUUUGGAUGAGGUGGCAGAGACGGAUGUAGCAGAGCAGCAGCUCAGUCCAGUUGAUGGGGAAGUGCUGGCAGAUGACUCGUGCCCGGCCCAUCGGUUUGCCUUUUUGACGCAGAAGGCUAUUAACCAGCUUCUUGUCUCAGUGUUGCAAAGCAAGAGCGACGAAGAGCUUCAUGGUCUGAAAAUUGCAACUGUGUUAGAAGAUGUUUUGACCACCUCAGGUGGCAAGGUCACAGCGGAAGAGCUAGCUGAUAAGCGCGAUGAUUUCAUCGCGGCUGCUAUGAAACAGGUUCCUCGGGAGCUAGCACGUCGCCUGGUCAGUACUGUCCAAGCGAAAUCCAAGUCUGAGGAGAUGGAUGAAGUGCAGGUUGUCCAGAUUGACAGCAGAACUUGGCAGAAAGCUUAUCUGAUCACAGUCAGUGGUUUGUCUCCGACCGAGGCUCCUACCCGAGAAGAAUUGCAGAGGACAAUGCUGAAAGCGUUCGCAGCUGCCGAAUACAGCGAGGGCAAGGACAUUCAUCUUUGGCCAAUCAUCACGGCCUUGAAGCUGACGGACUCAGUCAUGUUAUGCCGGCAGCUGGAGGAUUGCGACAGCAUCAUCCAAGCUGGUGAGCAGAGCGUGUGGCAGAAGUUCACAUCUUGCCUCACUGCACCAUGUGUAUGUGGCAGAGACUGGGUUAGUGCUGCCCGGCAGAUUCUCCGAGUGAACCGUAUUGAUGAAAAACAGGUGACGGACGAUAUCAAGAGAUGUCUGCUGAAGGGCCUUCACACCAAGGGUCAGGUGCUAACCUUUGCUGGCUAUGGCAACGAAGGAAAGAGUUUCUUACUAAGACCACUUGCAGAAAUUUACAGAGCUUCUCAACAUGAAUUCAGUGAAUGUGUUUCCAGCCGUCUGUCA